AAGCAACUUCGCCCGCAAACGACGCUCCCGCCCACCACUUUCCCCUCGUCCUGCGUGCCAUUGACGACAAACACCACCCUGGGCCGCCAUUAUGACUGUCACAGACUCCAUCAAGCAUGCCAUCGGCCUCGGCGAGCCCCGGAAGGCUACCCGUGAGGAGAUGAGCGCUGCUAAGCUGCCCCUGCCCUACAGAGAUUCAUGCGCACACCUUUUGAUUCCGCUGAACCGGUGUCGGUACGAGGAGUACUACCUACCAUGGAAGUGCGAGAAUGAGCGACACUCGUACGAGAAGUGCCAGUACGAGGAGUUCAAGGAGCGCGUGAAGAAGAUGGAUGAGCUGAGGGCGGCCAAGGGCGGAGAGCGAAGCAAUUAGAGCGUUGGCAGGUGCCCAUUCAGGGUAGAUUACGGAAACGACAGUCAUGAGCGGAUGCCGCUGCAUGUAUAUACCGAAGCAGCAGAGGACACGCAAUUUCAGGACUGAAGACACUCAAAGGCUACCAGACAUGACGCCAUGACUUGAGGACAUGGCAGCAACUUGGCGCCUUCUUUGAGUACCACGAGACAGGCUUGAUCAGCACUGCAAUCCAAACUUACGCUAAAGCAAGACUGUAAUCGAUAUUUAUUACAGAAUUGCGAUGGCCUGUAUAGACAGAGACAGAUACAUAUGUGUAGUCGACUGUUUACAGCUUUGGUUUAGAGUCUUCCUGCGCAGCCUUGCUCC